AUGUCAAGCCCAGAACCCCUCCCACGCCCCGUCGAGACGCUGCUCGCCGAUCGCGAGCGGUCAAAGUCAGCCUAUUACCCAUGGAAUCGUCCUCGCACCUGGCGCUUCUCUCGCGCACACCCGCGCUCCCUCCUCCCCCGCCUCUUCCCGUCGCGCAAACAACCCGAUACCCCGGUGGCCGCGUUUUACCGGAUCUACGAGUUCUUCGUGCUCAACUGGACGUCCUCCAUGCGCCGCGAGCUCGAGUACUUCUGCUGCAGCCACCCGGACUGGGCCGUCGCCGCCCUCCCGGACCCGCAGGACCCGGACCCCGUGCGCGCGGCGAUACUCGCCGUCCUCACCCGCCUCAUGUGCGCCGCGUUCAACCGCCGGAUCGGGCUCGGCGUCCCGCGCGACGCCCCGCCGAUCGUCCUCGACUGGGACGAGCUCCAGCAGCGGCCGAAGGUGUACGAGCACCCGCCGGAGUGGGCGAAGAGCGUGCCGCCGCUGGAGGAGCGGGUGGUGCUGCCGGACGAGAAGGGAGAAUUCCCGGAUGAUGCGAGCGAGGACACGAGCGAGGAGUUCGGGGCGAUGAACAUCCUUGUCUUCGCGCCGCACAUCCAUUUCAUCUGA